AUGACCUACAUCAAAGACCUACAUAUCGCCAUCAUGGGCGCUGGCAUGGGUGGCCUAGGAGCUGCCCUCGCCCUCGCCAAACGGGGCUUCAAGCAUAUCGACGUAUAUGAGACAGCCAGUAAUCUUGGUUUUGUCGGAGCCGGUAUUCAAAUGCCUCCUAACGUGGGAAGAAUCCUCGAUAGAUUAGGAUGUUGGGACACUAUUGAGAAAGAGGCAACUCGUGUUGCUGGCAGCAGUAUUCGACAGGGAUCAACCAAUGAAGAACUCGCCCAUGUUGAUAUGCCAGACCUAAAGGGCCAAUAUGGUUAUUCGCACCUCUGCGGUCACAGAUCAUCCCUGGCUGGCCACAUGUACGAGGCGUGUAAGAAACAAGACAGCAUCAACUUUCACUUCUCGACGAGCUUGGUCGAGGUUGAAACAUUCUCACCUCGGGUAUCCUUCAAGCUCAAGCCCAGAGAUGGAGAGCCCUACACAAGCCAAGCCGACAUUCUUCUAGGUGCAGAUGGCAUCAAGAGUGUCACGCGCUCUCAAAUUCUACAGCAGGUAGACACCACGCCUGAGGAAGCCGAGACUGGUCAGGCUGCCUACCGCAUCAUGCUCAACAGGGAAGACAUGGCUCAUGAUCCCGAGCUCCUAGCUCUCAUCGACAGCGACGAGGUUGUGCGGUGGGUAGGAGAGAAGCGACACAUUAUUGCCUACUCCAUCGCCGACAAGUCCAUCUAUAACUUAUCAACCGCCCAUCCAGAUGAGAACUUUGCUGGCGCUCCGUCUAUAACGUACACUACCAAGGGUUCCAAGGAGGUCAUGCUCAAGGUCUUUGAUACUUUCUGUCCUCUUGUGCAGAAGAUGCUCAAUCUCGUCCCUGAAGGCGAAGUCUGCGAGUGGCGACUGAGGAUGUACAAGCCGCUGCCAACAUGGACACACGGAGCUGUCGCCCUGCUAGGUGAUGCAUGCCACCCGACGCUCCCGCAUCUCAGUCAAGGAGCAGCCAUGGCCAUUGAAGACGGUUCGACCAUUGCAGAAGUUCUCUGCCUUGCCCCCGAUACACAGCCCGAGACUAUUGCCAAGUGUCUCAAGGUGUAUGAACAAUCUCGAAAGGAGUGGACGUCGAGUCUCGUCGAAAUGGCCUACUUGUCUGGCCGAACUCUGCAUCUCGGCGAAGGAAAGGCAAAGGAGGAGAGAGAUAGGAUGUUCAAAGAGCACAAGCUCAGUGGCUCGGUUCCAGACAAAUGGACAUCACCGGAUGUGCAAAAGAAGAUUUACUCAAAUGACUGUGUCGCAAAAGUCAGGGAUGAGUUUGAGACACUCUUUGCCGCAACAUAG